AUGGGCGAAGCACACGAGGGUGCUGAGAGAGAGAGCAGGCAGCCAUCGACCUUUGCCACCUGCCCUACGAAGCUCUGCCACCAAGGCCAUUGGCAGAGGUGGAGAUCGAGAGCGACGAGGGCUUCAGUGAAGUGCCUCGAUCAGUCGGAGGAGAAGGUGCUCGACCUCCGUGUGACAGCACCUUGCAGCCGUGCGAGCGAAGCGCCGCUGUGGCAGCAAUUCCGGUCAUCCUGGCCUCACAAGAAGCAAGAAAGCGAAGCCUCAAAGGGCUCGAUUGCUGCACACGAGACGGAUUCCGUCAUUGAGAAGGCGGCCAUCGAUCCUUUUCAUCCCUCCUUCGAAGCUUUGCCUGUUCUUUUGCAGCACCUUGCCGUGCGAGACAUGCUGUACUGGCGAGUGACAUCCCGGCAGACCCGGAGUCCAGAGGUCUUGACACGGCAUGUGGCCGAGCUUGGAAGGUUUGACACGCCCGCCUCCAUGGUCGCCUACUUUGAUGCUGUGGAGCAACUCGAGGGCCCUCCGCGCCGAUCAACCUCCGAAGCCUUUGCCGAUGAUGUCGGCUUCCAGAAGCGCUUUGAAUGCCAAUACUGGUGUAUUACGCUUGCGAGAGCCACCACAACUCAUUUUGGCGAAAGUGUGGUCCGAGAGAUUGUUAUCGAGAACCUCGAGAGCUUAAUCGGGCACUGCCUUCACACAGAUCAAUCCGUGCGUGAAGCCGCACACUAUGUAGUUGCGAAUCAUGCCUUUGGCGGCCUCGGCUUCGUGAAGGAACGGAUCGCGAAAGCAGUGCUCAGUCAGAUGAGAGACAUCCUGUCAACGAGCGAGGAGGAAAUCUCGGUGACCUGGGUUCGCAUGUUUUUCUGCAUGCAGCAUCUCAAAACGCUCCUGCGAUCACUGACGAAGCCUCAGCGGCAGGCGUGGGCCUCCAUGUUGGCCACAAUCCUACAUCGACUUCAAACACCCUCAGCUCCGCAGCUGUCUUGGGCUGCUAGCCACAAGCAGGUGGUGGAGGAUCUGAAGCUUCUCUGGCUUGCGGAUGACGAUCCCAACGGAGCUUAUGCAGACACUAAGCGGCGGCUGGAAGUCUUAAUGAAAUCCCCGAACUUCGAAGGUGUGAGGCAGGACCUGCACAGCCUCUUUAUGUGCUGA